GGUAAGGCCUUGUCAAAGAUUUGUUACCAGUCACGAUUCAACAUGGCAAAGCACAGAAUCUUCCUGGGACUGAUCACGUUUCAUAUCUUAGCAAUUGUGGCCAUAAACGCUAACGAUAAUUGCACCAUCAAUUUGGACACCGGAAGUUCUGGAGUUGCCCCCUUGAUCGUUCAAAACAAGAAGUUUUUGUACCCCCAGAAGCUGAACGACAAUAACCAAAGGACAAUUGACAUUGCCGAUGGGUCGAAAGUUGAGUAUAUUUGCCAAAGCAGCCCAGACACACCCUCAACAAUCCGCGAUGGAUUGCCGGUUUUGAAUUUGACUUGCUCCGAUAGAAGAUUCCUAACUGAGGCAGGAAGUGGAACGUAUGUCUACACCCUUGAAUGUUCCAAUGCUCAAGUGCCCAAGAUCAUUCGAACUCCCCAUGUUUUUUGUUCCAAAGAGGGCGCGGACGGAAGAACCACCGAUUUGUCGUAUCUGACAUUGGUCCAAAUUGGCUGGGAGGUUCAUGGGCAAUUCAAAGAGCAGAUUCGACUCUGUGUGGACGAACUUUUGUAUGCCACGUUAUGGACCACUCAUGAAAUAUUUGGAUCUAGCAUCAACUUGCGAGAUACCUCCCCAGAGAGGCCUCAAUUCCAACGCGACACUCCAGGAGAUUCUAGAUUGUUUGCUCGGUUUCCCACUCAAACAACCUUAGUUUUGUCGUACACGCGUUCCAAGCAAAUCGAGGCCAUCACCACGAUCUUGGGAAAGAACUUGAACGUCAAUGGGGAUCCCCUAAUUGAGGAGGGCUUCAGGACGAGCCUCUAUUUGGCGAGAGGUCAUCUUUCGCCCGAUGCUGACUUCGUUUAUGAUGCCGAGCAAGAUGCCACCUACUACUUUGUAAAUGCUGCGCCUCAGUUCCAAGCCUUCAACAAUGGAAAUUGGAAGGCUUGUGAAGGUGCCAUUAGAAGUUAUGCUGAGAGCGAGCAGAGCACUGUUCGAGUGUUCACUGGAACAUUUGGUAUAUUGAAAUACAAAGGGUCCACUGGAAAGUUGAAGCCUUUGUACCUCUAUCCUAAUGAUGGGAAUAAGUGGAUCCCUGUUCCCGAAUAUUAUUGGAAAGUGAUCCACAACCCUGAAACCAAUGAAGCCAUUGCCUUCGUUGGUUACAACAAUCCUCACGCCAAGAUGGCGCCUGAGAAAAUGUGCAAGAAUCAAUGUUCAAAAUUGAGUUGGGCCGAUUGGAACAUGGACAACCUGUACUCAGGGUAUAUGUAUUGCUGUCAAUUGGAAGAGCUACGGGAGUCCAUCAGCUAUUUGCCAGAUCUCAGAGACGCCAAUGGAGUCUGGCCGGAUCUUUUGAGUGACUAUGUCGCUCCUGUGAUCGAGUAUGUUCCCCCUGGUACUUGUGUGUACGAUCUGAACAAUAGAACCGGUUCGAUCGCUCCACUUGUGAUCCAAAACGGAGAUUUCUUGUAUCCAUUGCGCGAGAACGAUCGAGGUCAUCGUCUUGUUUAUGUGUAUCCAGACCAAGAGAUCACCCUCACCUGUCAUGGAUCCGUGAUCAAAGGCUACGACCUUGAGUCUCUGACUCUACCUUGCUCUCAGACCCAAUUGCUUGCCUUUGGCCAGGCCAUCAACAUCCAUGCACUCUCUUGUGCUGCCAAAAAUGAGCCAACGAUUAAGAAGACGUCCAACAUUCAAUGUGCGACCGAGAGCAUCAAUGGGCGUUCCAUUGCAGCCAACGACUUAGAGUUGGUAGAAAUUGGAUGGAACUUGGGAGGCUCUUUCAGACCUCAAAUCAGAAUUUGUCAAGACAUUAGACGAUACGUAACUCUUUGGACGAAACAUUCGGUCCAAGGAACGAGCAUCGACUUCAGGGACAAGACUUCGGAUCGGCCUUCAUUUCGAAGGGACGUUGGCGGUCAAACCCGGUUCUUCACCCAUGUCACACAAACCGAGUUAAAUGAAGCGUAUUCCAAACGAUCACAGGUGACUCAACUAACGACGAUGUUGGGUUCAAGCUUCACUUUGGACAAUAGUGAGCCAAUUAUUGAUGAGAGCUCGUCUUCAACAACGUAUUUUGCCAAGGGCCACUUGUCACCAGACGCAGCCUUUGUCUACGAUGCGCAGCAAGACGCCACCUACUACUUCAUGAAUGUGGCUCCCCAGUUUCAGACCUUCAACAAUGGCAACUGGAAGGCCAUGGAAGGAGCUGUUCGGGAUUAUGCCAUCAGCGCUAAGGCCACGAUCGAUGUUUACACUGGAACAUACGGCCAUCUCUUCUACAAUAAGAAGUUGAACACAGGGUCGUCCAAACGGACGUACAUCAAUCUAAUGGACGUGGGUUCCAACAGCUAUCUCCCAAUACCCAAGUACUUCUGGAAAGUGAUCCAUAAUCCUUUGACCAGUGAGGCUGUGGCCUUUGUGGGGGUCAAUGACGCCCAUCUGACUUCGAAACCUUCACGGAUCUGCUCCAAUGUGUGCGAUCAGAUUGCAUGGGCUGAUUGGGACAUGGACAACUUGGAGUCCGGGUACAUGUAUUGUUGCACUGUAGAGGAUUUGAAAACCACCGUGGACUAUGUGCCUGAUCUGUCCAAAGCAACAGGAUCUUGGCCUAACCUGAUGCAUUGAAUUAAAAUGAUAUACGUCCCGAGCAAAAAUGAAUGACUUUAAAAGUAACUGGGCAGAAGCAGAAUUGCCACAAAAAAAAUCACAACAGUUGAAAAUAGACAUGCAAAAAAAAGCAAUGGACAAGUACGUUGCGGUGAAAAACGAGAAGAUUUAUUUAGAAAAUCGGUCGAAAGAACGACCGCAAUCUCAUUUAAAUAAAGAGCCAAAGUGACACCAAGUUCAUAUUCUUUGCGAAUAUGGCAGUGUCAAGUGAUCACUUCAUGAUCCUCAUUC